CCUUUAAAUACCUCUUCCUCUCCUUGCGAUACUGUCAUACACAUAGCCAUUCCUGAAAGGCACGCCAUGAACGCUGAAAUUUUCCAAAACGAGAAAAGCGACAAGGCGAGAUCGAUGAGCAGUGAUCAGGCGCCAAUGGAGUCCAGCGAUGGCCCACGUCCUCAUGGCGAUGCCCUAGCUGUGAGCGCUAAGAAGCUGUGGCGCGUGAUGCGCGCCGUCUACCUCGUCCUCGUCAAGAAGCACCAGCCCAAGCUCGCCGCGCUCGGCGUCCACCUGCACCACCUGCUCUCCAGCAUGCGCGACCACCGCGGCCUCGCCGCGGCGCGGGAACAGCACCCGGCGCUGACGUACCUGUCCUCGCUGUCGUGCCGGUCCAUGGACCCGGCCGCCGCGGUGGUGCACUCGUACCCGCGCGGCCACGGUCACCGACGCGGGUCGUCAGGGCCCGCGGCCGCCUCCCUCUCCUCGCUCUCGUGCCGGUCCAUGGACCCCGCCGCCGCCGUGUGCCAGUACCAGUACCGGCCCCGCGAGGUCCAGUUCAGCUGCAAGAGCACGCCUUUGAACAAGCGCCGACGUGCGCAGCGCCGAGCCCUGGGUCUGCAGCACGACGCCGCGGAUCAGGGACGUGACCAACCGUCGGAGCCAGAGUACUACGGCUCGGCCGCGGCGGUGACGAGGCUGUUCGAACUCAUGGACGUGAAGGAGGCGGCCGAGGAGACGGACGUCGACUACGACGAUGUCGACCUUGACCUGGAGAGCGCGGUGGCGUGGCCGGCACUGGCGGUGGGGCCGGCGCCGCGGCAGGUGCGGAUCACGGACUCGCCGUUCCUGGCGAGGGAGGAAAUCGACGAGGAGGGGAAGGGCGUGGUGGACAGGCGCGCCGACGAGUUCAUCAUGUGGUUCCACGAGCAGCUGCGCACGCAGCAGCAGCGCAGUACGGCGCACUACUUGGUCAGAUAGGUUAGGGGUGCAGAAGCAGAGCACGGCCUCUAGUCUUGUGAAUUGUUCAUGCAUGGUCAUGAUCAAUGCAUGGAUUAUUAGAUAAGAUUACAUGCAUAGAUCGAUGAGCGCGUAAACCAUUCCUACCAUCUUGACAGUUGAUGUAUCGGAUCAAGUUGCAAUGUUUGGUUUUUGUUAUUCCGAACACAGUGCUUGAAUUUGUUU